CGUUCAGUCCACGCAAACACAUCGAGGAGUGUGGACGCGUUGCAGUCGCACUUGAAAUCGACAAUUUGAGCGUGUUUUGUGCAUUGACAAUCGGCUAAAAAUUCAAAGAAGAUAUUUAUUAAAUUAUAAUAUCGUGUGUUAAAUUCUUGAUUUACUUUUUUUUCACGUGCUCUGCUGUUAUUGACAACAGCAGCAAUCGCGAGUGAGAGAUUCGCAUGUGAACUUUGUGGGCCGCAGAAUGAGGCCAAACUGAUUGUGAAUCUGAUCCAAAUUCAGAUCCAGAUCCUGAUCCUGAUCCUGAUCCUGAUCCUGAGCACACGGCCCAAGGCAUACGGCAUAAGGCCUAAACGACUGCCAUCAUUGACUACGAUUUUCAGCUUGAUUCCCUCAAAUGCUGGGAGCCAAUCUUUUGCUGGCGCUGAUCGCCGGCUUGACGCAGUGCAGCGGCCAGGCGCAGGCAGCGGGCAGCUCGGCCAACGGCGGCAGCUCCAAUGGAUUACAAUGCCAACGCAUCGCAGUGUCCGCCUGCCAGGGCCUCGGCUACAAUAUGACCGCACUGCCUAAUCUGGCCGGUCACACCAAUCAGCUGGAGGCUGAAUUGCAGAUAGCCAAACUUUUGCCGCUGAUCGAGUCGGGCUGUUCGCGGCGAGCGCGUUUUCUGCUCUGCUCCGCGCUCUUUCCGCUCUGCAGUCCGGAUGUGCCACGCCCAGUGACCGCCUGCAAGUCGCUAUGCGAGACAGUAAAGGGCGAGUGUGCGACAAACGCGGCGCCGGAACUGAUGCAGCUGUGGCCGCAGUUCCUCAGCUGCGAUUCGCUGCCUCAGCCGGAGAAUCACGAGCUCUGCAUGCAAAUACCGCAGGAGGCGGCGGCCAGCGAGGGCGUACAAGCCGCUGCCACGGACGGAGGUGGUGGCGUCGGCGUCGGCGGCGCAGAGCAAUCGGCAGCGUCAGAGCCGCCGCCGCAGCAACAGCAAAUGUACUGGUCCUGGAUGGCGUGGAAGAUGUCCUCGCAGCUGGGCAAGUCGACGGCAGGCAAUGGCGUCCUGGGCGCCGCAGCGAGCCUGGGCGGCCUGUGUCCACAGAACUUCAGCCUGAGUCCGCUGAAUGCCGAGGAGUGCCUGGCGCAGUGCCAGCGCGACGCGUUCCAUACAACGCAGCAGAAGAAGCUGACUGAGAGCCUCAUCCUGGGCCUGUCCGCGGUCUGCUUUGUGCUGACGCUCUUCGCGCUGGUCACCUUCUGGGCGGAGCCCACACGCUUUGGCUAUCCGGAGCGUCCGGUGCUGUUCCUCUGCCUGUGCUACAAUCUGUUCAGCGUGUGCUACCUGGAGCGCAUCGUGUUCCAUCAGGCGCGCAGCCUGGCCCUGCUGCAGCAGCAACAGGAGCCUGGUCGCGUAGGACGCGCACCCUGCGCCUUGACGCCGCCCUGCCUGGCCUCGUACAUCAGCACCUCGUAUUUGAGCCUGUGCGCGGCCAGCUGGUGGCUAAUCUUUGCGCUCUGCUUCUAUCUGUCGUCGCACAAGAAGUGGUCCAGCGAGGCGCUCGAGAAGCGCUCCGGCCUGUUCCAUGUGCUCGCCUGGGUGCCACCAUUGGCGCCGCCCAUUGCCGCCCUGCUGCUCGAGCGUGUGCGUCCCAGCGAGCUGACCGGCAUGUGCACAGCGCCCGGAUUUGUGGAGUUGCCUGCCCUGGCCCUGCUGCUCCUGGGCCUGUAUUUUACGCUGCGCGCCUCCCGCUCCCUGCACACGCUGCAGCAGCAGCUGCAGCCGACGCUGGCGCUGGCGCAUCAGCGUUUCGCACAGAUACGCAAACGUUUUGUGGUCUUCUCGCUGCUCUUCUUCCUGCCAACGGCGGCGGGGGUCGUGGCCGCCUUUUGUGAGCGUUACGUGGACGCGGUGCCCAGCUGCUCGACGCUGGAGGAUUGCGCGACGCCGGCGCAACUGAGCGCCUGGCCAACGCUGGUGCGCAUCUUCUUUCAGCUGGUGGGCGGCACGCUAACCGGCAUGUGGGUGUGGUCGCGCAAGACAUGCGAAAGCUAUCGCAGCCGACUGGUGGCCGGCUCGCCCAGCUCCUCGCUGAUGACGCCCAACAAGCUGCCGGCGGCGGCUGCCCUGCCCAAGAAGCAUCUCUAUGCCAGCGGCAAGUCGAUGCUAUCCGUUGCGCCCCACGCCGCCCACUCCGCGGCGCCGCUCUAUGCGGGCAUCAGCUUCCACAAUGUGCCCGUCUAUAAUCCCAAUCAGUCGCGCGUGUAGAGUAGAGGCUUGGCCGGAUCUCAGCCUAGUGCCUAGCUCGGGCAGGGUAUUCGCUGGCCUGCCUAACA